UCCUGGAGUUUGAACUACGGAAAGCCAAGGAGACCAUACAGGCCCUCCGAGCCAACCUGACUCAGGCUGCAGAAAAUGAAGUUCCUUUGCAGGAACGAAAAAAUUAUAAAUCAAGUCCUGAAAUUCAGGAGCCGAUCAGACCUCUUGAGAAAAGAGCUCUAAACUUCCUAGUUAAUGAAUUUUUAUUGAAGAAUAGUUACAAGCUUACAUCAAUAACUUUUUCAGAUGAGAAUCAUGAUCAGGAUUUUGAGCUUUGGGAUGAUGUAGGAUUGAACAUUCCAAAACCUCCUGACCUGUUACAACUGUACCGUGACUUUGGAAACCAUCAUGUUACUGCAAGAGAUGUGGUGGAUGUAUCAGUCGGUGUAGAAGAUGAUGAGUUAGAGGCUACUACUCCUAUACUUGGGAACGUCCCUGUGUUUGAAACAACCCCACAGUCAAUAGAACAAUGUUUAAUAGUGCAAAAAUUAGAAGAUCAAAUUAGUGUGUUAAACAGUGAGAAGUGGUCUUUGAUGGAACAAAUCCAAAGACUUGAGAGUGAAAUAGACUUUCUCAAGAAUGACAACUUUGCUGUGUCAACAGUUUAUGGUGUAGCUCCCCAUCCUUUAAAACAAGUGCCUCUCACAGUCUCAGAGGACAAUGCACGGUACUUGGAUAUCAAGAGCUCUGAGAAUGACAAUAAACAUGGAAACACUGAGCAAACAAGCCUUUCCUUGUCAGCUGAAGUGGAUUCAAGGACAUCUAAAGAUGAUACGCUAAAUUAUGUGCCCUGUAAAGAAACAGAGAAGCUGUCCUCUUGUGCAACAUCAACUAAAGCUACAGUCCACUUUGAUAAACCUAACAGGAAAUUGUCACCAGCUUUCCAUCAAGCACUUCUGUCUUUCUGUCGGAUGUCAGCAGACAGCCGUUUGGGAUCAGAGGUAUCUCGGAUUGCAGACAGUGAAAAAAGUGUCAUGUUAAUGUUGGGACGCUGCCUGCCUCAUAUAGUUCCUAAUGUGCUUCUUGCAAAACGAGAGGAACUGAUCCCACUCAUACUGUGUACAGCCUGCCUCCAUCCUGAACCCAAAGAGAGAGAUCAGCUUCUACACAUACUGUUCAAUUUGAUCAAACGACCAGAUGAUGAGCAAAGACAGAUGAUACUGAUGGGGUGUGUGGCUUUUGCUCGACAUGUUGGACCAACACGUGUAGAAGCUGAGCUUUUACCACAGUGUUGGGAACAGAUCAACCACAAAUACCCAGAGAGACGACUACUGGUAGCAGAAUCCUGUGGAGCGCUAGCACCUUACCUUCCAAAGGAAAUUCGUAGUUCAUUAGUACUUUCCAUGCUGCAGCAAAUGCUAAUGGAAGAUAAGGCGGACCUGGUACGAGAAGCUGUGAUUAAAAGCCUUGGCAUCAUUAUGGGAUACAUUGAUGAUCCAGACAAAUAUCAACAGGGCUUUGAGCUGCUGCUUUCAGCUUUAGGAGACCCUUCAGAACGUGUGGUCAGUGCAACACAUCAGGUAUUUUUACCUGCUUAUGCUGCCUGGACAACAGAACUGGGAAACUUACAGUUCCAUCUUAUACCUACACUACUUAAUAAAAUUGAAAAAUUGCUCAGGGAAGGAGAACAUGGCUUGGAUGAACAUAAGCUCCACAUGUAUCUCUCUGCUCUGCAGUCAUUGAUUCCUUCACUGUUUGCCCUGGUGCUACAGAAUGCGCCUUUCACAAGCAAGGCCAAACUUCAGGGAGAAGUACCACAAAUAGAAGUCACUAGAUUUCCCCGACCUGUAUCACCUCUUCAGGAUGUGGCCAUCAUCAUUGGAAGCCGCGAGCAGUUAGCUGUGUUGUUGCAGCUGUAUGACUAUCAGCUAGAACAUGAGGGUACCACAGGCUGGGAGACUUUGCUAUGGGUGGUCAAUCAACUGCUACCACAGCUUAUAGAAAUAGUUGGCAAGAUCAAUGUAGCAUCAACUGCCUGUGUCCAUGAGUUCUCUAGAUUUUUCUGGAGACUUUGUAGGACAUUUGGGAAAAUUUUUACAAACACUAAGGUAAAACCACAGUUCCAGGAAAUCUUAAGACUGUCUGAGGAAAACAUAGAUUCUACAGCAGGUAACGGAGUGCUGACAAAAGCCACAGUUCCCAUCUAUGCAACAGGGGUCCUUACAUGCUAUAUUCAGGAAGAAGACCGCAAGCUGUUAGUUGAAUUCUUAGAAGAUGUAAUGACCAUGCUUUCACUCUCACAUGCUCCCCUCGAUAGCCUGAAAGCUUCUUUUGUGGAACUGGGUGCAAACCCAGCUUAUCAUGAGCUGCUGUUAACUGUCUUGUGGUAUGGAGUUGUCCAUACUUCUGCUCUGGUUCGAUGCACAGCUGCUAGAAUGUUUGAGCUGACUCUUCGAGGCAUGAGUGAAGCCUUAGUUGACAAGCGGGUUGCUCCGGCCCUUGUUACCUUGUCCAGUGAUCCUGAAUUUUCAGUGAGGAUUGCAACAAUUCCUGCUUUUGGGACCAUCAUGGAAACUGUUACUCAAAGAGAAGUAAGACACCUAGUGAAAAUGCAGCUGGCAUCCUUCCUGGAGGACCCUCAAUAUCAAGACCAACAUUCUCUACAUACAGAAAUCAUAAAAACAUUUGGAAGAGUUGGACCUAAUGCUGAGCCCAGAUUUAGAGAUGAAUUUGUUAUCCCACACUUGCACAAGUUAGCCCUGGUCAACAACCAGCAGUCUGUGGAUUCGAAGAGACUGGAUAUCGCUACCCACCUGUUUGAAGCCUACAGCGCUCUUUCCUGUUGUUUUAUUUCAGAGGAUUUAAUGGUCAAUCACUUUUUACCAGGACUUAAGUGUUUACGAAUUGACAUGGAACAUCUCUCACCAGAGCAUGAGGUUAUUUUAAGCUCCAUGAUAAAAGAGUGUGAACAGAAAGUGGAAAACAAGACCGUCCAAGAACCGCAGGGGUAA